AUCGCCGCUGCUGUUGAGGAUAUCUGGGAAUUGGAGGAAGACGACCUGGGACUACUUGAGAGCAUUCUGAGCCACGCCAAUCUUUUAGAAUUCCUCUCAUAUAGCGCAUGCAGCGAAGCUAAGUUAGAUGCUCGAAUUGUCAAGUGUCUCACAAAGUCAGAGCUAUUUGAAGGCGUGGAUGCGGCCGAUAUUUGGACAUUUAGACUUCGCAUGGCUCUCCAGCUGAACCGCACAGACUUUCUCAGAGAGAAAAUGUUCGCUGGCGUGGACUGGAGUAUGGUGCCGGCAGAUUUUGUGGAGAUAAGCCUCUUGGAAGAUAAACGGGAAUUCCUCCAAAUGCUUCUGGAGUCUGGUUUCCCGCUGCCUAAGUAUAUCAACCUGGAUCUUAUUCUGAGGCUGUAUCAAGCAGACUACAGAAGCGAUGCUCAUGUAAUCAGCUGUAAUAUCGAUCUGGCCGACUUCGCCGUCUUCGUACAGUUCAGCGUUGGUUUGAGUGAAGAAGUAAUCCACACACCCAAGCCCGUCUGA